CGUCCGGUUUAUGACGUAGAAGCCAAAAUUACGGUUUCCGUUAUUCGCGGACACUAAAGACGCUUCUCGCACCGAUCCCGAUCCUUCUCCGACGUCAUGACUUGAGCUCCACACGCGACGUGGAUUCGGCCUCGCGUGGGCCCUGUGGGUGGAAACUAGCAUUUGUUCGCUUCACGGACUGUGUGUGUGUGUGUGUCCUCAUCAACAAUGUGGCCCAGAGGAGACUGUGAAGACGGAUACGACUCGAGUAGAACGGGCUCUCCAGCAUGGCUCCCUGGUCCUGACUCAGCGUGGCACAGUAACCACACGGGCCCCAGCAGCAGCUUCUGUGGUGGACGUCGUCACAGCACAGUGUCUGACAGUGGAGACACUGGCAUUGGCACUUACUGUUCUGACAGUGUAGAAGAUGACUCCAGUUCCAGUACCACACCUCUGUCUUUCCAGGCACUGACUCAGCACCACUUCAGCCUGGACGAUGACGUCGUCCCCUCGUCUUCCUCACCCAGCACCAGUAUCAGAACAGCUUCCUCACCCAGCAGCACAGCUCAGUGGAGCAGGUCUUCCCUACAUCUUACACCACCUUCGUCUCACCUGUGUGCACCAGGCUGUCUGAAUAUGAGGGACCAUCAGCCCAUCCGCAGGUGCUCCUCUCUCACCAAGUUGUCCUCUGGGACUGAGAGCAGCUCUGCAAAGACAUCAGGCUGUCAGUAUAAUCCAGAUUCACAAGGCUCUCUGGACAGAGGUCUGUUACAUGGCUACAAAAAGGAGCCUCUUGGCUCUAACGUGGACCUGUAUUUACCUCUGUGCUCCUCACUGCACUGCCACAGCCUGCUGCAGCGCUCACCAGGUGCUGCCCCCUGCUGUCGCUACAACCCCAGCACUAGAUCCAGCAGUUUGUCCCUCUCCUCAGCUCUGUCCUCCCCAGUGAGACACAGCAGUCUGGAUAUGAGCUUCAGCGCAUCAGCUGAGGAUAAACGGGGUCAGAGUGGGGGGCAAGUGUACGGCUUAAGCUUAUCAAAACAAGCAGACUCACCUGUGGCCCCUCCCACUGACAGAAGCUCGCCCAUCCAACCUGCUCUGCGCACACAGAUGUGGCUGACGGAGCAGAUGGAGUACAGACCCAGAGCAGAGAGAGCCAGAGGAACACAGGGCUGUAGUGGAGACGGGCUUUCGUCAUGGCAACCAGGACUACAGCAGGAACCAGGGCUUAACCAGAUGCUGAUGACAAGUGGUCUUCCUGUUAACUCUCUGGUGAAGGUUAAAGAGGGGCUUCUGAGACAGAGAGAACUGGAGAUUAACAGGUACUGCAACACACACAACCUAUUUCAGCUUCUAAGAAGAAAACUGUUAUCGUAGACUUUAUCAAAAAGGACAAAAAGGCUCUUGUGUAAAUAAAGAAACUUAAUUGAAGGAAAUGAAAAAGAUGAUAAAGACAAAUCUCAAAUUAGCACCUACUGACUGCUUUGUCUAUAGUUUCUGUAUUAUUGACACAGAGCAGGACAUGUGUUUUGUUAGUAAUGAACACAAAUGAGUGAGUUCGAGCACCUGAAUGCAUCAUCAUUACAAAGAGUUAAGGAUCAGUGCUUCAGUGUCAGCCAACGACUAACAUGGAGAAA